AUGGAACCAACCAAUGAAAAUACUCAAGAACAAGAACAACCUUCUUCUUCUUCUCUUCGCAAGAGAUUACUUGAACAGGAAGAUGAUACAGAAGCUUAUCGUACUUCUAAAUGCAUCAAAACGUACGAUUACUUAGCCACUUUCGACGAACCAAAACGCGAAGUCAUGGUUCUCUCUGACAGUGAUGAUGAAGAAGUUCAAGAUGACAAUGAAAAUGAAAGGGAAAGUGAUGAUAGAAGCAAUGCCGCGCGGACUCUCAUAUUAUUUCCUACAAAACAGCAAGAGGAGCAUCACAAGAAUAUCGAUGAUGAUAGAAGCAAUGCCGCGCAGACUCUCACAUCAUCUCCUAGAAACCAGCAAGAGGAGCAUCACAAGUAUAUCGAUGAUGAUAGAAGCAAUGCCGCGCAGACUCUCACAUCAUCUCCUAGAAACGAGCAAGAGGAGCAUCACAGGUAUAUCGCAAGGAGAUAUGCAGCACGCAUUCACAAUGCUUUGGAGGAUAAAAACAACCAUGUUGUGAGGGAUGCGGCUGAUAAAAUGGAUGACGAUGAUGAUUCUCCAACUCCAUUCUCCGAAGCAAUCAAAGCUAUUCAAGAACGCUCCGAGAGAAACCAGAAAAGAGGGAUUGUUGAAGAACCUCCUGUAUGGAUUCCAAAAAGAAAUGAAAAAGAUUCGGUUAGAAGAAGGUUGUGUGUUCCGUCAUUGCAAGAACUGUCACUUAACAAUCUUGCUCAGCAUUCUGAUGCAAUUUCUUCGCUCGACUGUGUCAACGACGAGUUCAGACAAAGGCUAAGUAAUCUGCUGUGUGAUUCAAGAAAAAUGAACUGUCACUUUCUUGAACUACUUCUUAAGGGCGUUCCCACUCAAAUUCGGCUUACAGACUGUUCCUGGUUGACAGAAGAACAAUUUACUAAUUAUUUUCAAACACACGUCACUUCUGAAUUAGAGGUGCUGCAACUUGACAAGUGUGGAAGAAUUCUGACUGAAUAUACAUUACCUGCUAUAUUGGCAAACUCACCAAACUCCUUGUCUAAAUUAACCAUUCUAUCGCUCACUGGUGCAUGUCGUCUUACGGAUGAAGGAUUUCGGUUACUAGUUUCGUCUGCAACAGAACUUAGAUCCAUAAACCUAAGCCAAUGUUCCCUUCUCACCUUUGCUAGUCUUGAAAUUUUGGCUGCUUCAUUAGGAUCAAUUUUGAAAGAGUUGCAUAUUGAUGAUUGCAUACUCAUUGAUGUUGCGCAAAUUUUACCUGCCUUGAAGCAAUUCACUCAAUUAAAAGUGCUGUCACUAGCUGGUGUUCCAACUGUUUCUGAUAAAUUUAUCAUGAGUUAUUUCGCCGCGUGCAGUCAUGACAUUAAGGAUCUUGUUUUAAAGGACUGCGCAAAUUUGACGGAUGCGUCAAUUAGAGUCAUUGCUAAACAUUGUCCUGGUUUGCGCGUGCUUGAUAUUAUGAACUUGGGAAAAUUGACAGACUUAUCUAUUGGUUAUCUUGCGAAUAGUUGUUGCAGAUUGCGUACAUUGAAACUCUGUCGCAAUCCAUUCAGCGACGAAGCAAUUUCUGUAUUUUUGGAGUUAGCUGGCAAAUCCUUGGAAGAACUUUCACUUAAUAGCAUUAAAAAGGUUGGCCUAUUGACAGCCAUAUCACUUGCAAAGAAUGGCCAAAAUUUGCAUACCUUGGAUCUAUCAUGGUGUCGAAAUCUGUCUGACAAUGAGCUCGGUUUAAUUGUCGAUAGCUGCUUGUCACUGAGAUCACUUAAGCUUUUCGGAUGCUCGCAGUUAACAGAUAUGUUUUUCAAAGGACACUCAAACUCAGGGACUCGGAUCAUUGGGUUGAAGUUGAGUCCUUUAUUUCAGCAAUUCGAAUCGGUCUCGCUGUAA